AUGACAGGGAACCUUUCUCUGUUACGGAACAUCGAGAAUAUUAUUCCAUGUACUGUGGGGUUCGCGGAUGGUGGAAAGACUCUCUCGCUUAGCAAAGGAUCUUUGACGAUAUCAUCUAAGCUCACGUUACAUAAUGUCUUAUAUGUCAAAGAUCUUAAUUGCACUUUGAUUUCAGUUUCCAAGUUACUGAAACAAACCGGUGGUGUAGCUAUGUUCACUGAUACUCUUUGUGUUUUACAGGACCGUUUCACGAGGACUUUGAUUGGAGCCGGUGAGGAACGUGAUGGGGUCUACUAUUUUAAGGAUGUUAUGGCAGCUAGGAUACAUCGAGCAGAUGCAGCAAUGGACUCUGCUUUGUGGCACCAGAGGCUAGGACAUCCUUCGUUUUCAGUGCUUUCUUCUUUGCCAUUGUUUUCUGGUUCUUCUAGACCUGCUUGUUCUGGUCCGUGUGACGUUUGUUUUAGGCUAAGCAGACUAGAGAGGUGUUUCCAGACAGUAUUAAUAAAACCAUUGAAUGUUUUUCACUUAUUCAUUGCGAUGUAUGGGGUCCAUACAGAGUUCCAUCUUUCGACUGGUGCUGUUUAUUUUCUUACAAUUGUGGAUGAUUUUUCUCGAGCCGUGUGGACAUAUCUUUUACUAGAGAAAUCGGAGGUUAGCAAGGUUCUCAAAAACUUUAUGGCUUUUACGGAGUCAAAGAUGGUUAGAAGUGAUAAUGGCACAGAGUUCAUGUGUCUUUCGUCGUUUUUUCGCGAAAAAGGGAUUGUACAUCAAACUUCAUGUGUAGCCACUCCGCAGCAGAAUGGUCGUGUCGAGAGGAAGCAUAGACACAUUCUUAAUGUGGGAAUAAGUGUGAUAUAG